AUGGCAACUCCUCCUCGCUCUAAAAGCGGCUCAGUUGAUGUCAAAGUCGGGAUUGAGUGGGAAGAAAACGCUCCUACCCGCGACCCUCUACUGGAGCCAUACGACCUCAUAAGAGACAAAAGCCCGGAGGAGCUCAAAGCACUCGAUAGAGCUGUUCGCAAACGUCUCGAUUGGAAGUUUCUCCCAAUGGUUUAUCUAGACCGCAUCAACGUCUCGAACGCACGACUUGCCGGCAUGCAAGAUGACUUGCACAUGUCAGAUACGAUGUGGUCUGCCGGUAUCUCGCUUUUCUAUGUGGGAUACAUCAUUUCACAGGUUCCCGCAAAUGUCAUCAUCGCGAAGGGAAAGCCACGAAUCUUGCUUCCGUGCUGUAUGCUUGGGUGGUCCAUUACCACUUUAUGUAUGCCUGCUGUCACUGCCGGUUGGGGCUUUCUCCUGUGUCGCUUUGUAGUAGGCCUGACUGAAGGUCCUUUCGUGCCAGCGGUGUCUUUGUUGACGUCGUCUUGGUACACGAAACAUGAGUCUCCGCUCCGCAUGGGUAUUUGGCACGCCGGAAACACAAUAUCGCAGGCUAUUUCUGGCCUUCUGGCUGCUGGAGUUCUCCGCAAUAUGAAUGGCAUAGCCGGACUAUCAGCAUGGCAGUGGUUUUUGCUUCUCGAGGGUAUCGUCAGCAUCAUUAUUGGUCUGGCAAGCUUUUGGUUCAUUCCCAACUUUCCCGAGUCGACUGGCACCUAUUUCCUGACUGCCGAAGAGUCGCAAAUGGCUCAGUACCGGCAAACUGUGUCGGCCGGCGGUCGCACUGAAGAUGAUGAGGGCGACUACUGGGGUGGAGUUUGGAUGGCACUCAGAGACCCAUUCACAUACCUUUUCUCUGCUAUUCAUUUCUGCCUUAUAAUCGCGCAGUCUUACAAAGACUUCUUUCCAUCGAUCCUCGCUACUCUCGGAUUCGGCGCUACCGAGACGUACCUCAUUCAAGCCCCACCUCCGAUUAUUGCUUUUCUCGUAACUUUGGCAGUUUCCUGGUCGUCCGGUCGAAUGCUUGAACAUGGCUACCACAUUAUCGUGCCGAUGCUGUUUACACUGGCUGGGUGCGUUGUGAUGAUCACAACACUCAACGUUGGUGCCAGAUAUUUCUCGAUGAUUUUGCUGGUCACCGGACCAUUCCUCGGCCUCAAUAAGGCCGAAUUUUGGACUAGCACCAGUCGGAAGCCGUUUCUCUUCCUCUUCGCCUGCCUUAGUGCGCUGCUCGCCGACUUGGCAUCGCGCGAUCGGUGCGGCGGCUGCGGCCUGGCAGACUCCCCUGCCGCCUCACGGAGCGCCAAGCCGGCCAGAUAUUUCUUGUCAUCAGCCAAGAAUGCGGCUUCCCACCCGGACCGGGACCUGUAG